CAUGCAUCUUGUUCAGUGUCCCAACGUAACCGCAGUCAGUUAUUCAAUGAUACCUACUGUGUAUUGUUCCUAAAUGGUGCCAGUAAUCUGUUUAAAAUGGAAAUGUGGUAGUUAAAGUAGGCCAAGAGAAGUGGUAGAUAAGAGCAGAGGAAGUCUUUCUGUCAGUGAGGAAUUUAGUGCUGUCAUCACGUUCUGAAGACACACAACCAACUCUGCCAUCAGUAGACGAGUUCAUCAAGCUUAGAACCUUAACUGAUAAAACAACACACAGGACUGCACCACAAUGACAGGUGACACAAGAUACUUUCCAAAUAUGACAGAGUCUGACAGAGUGCAGAAUCAGGCGUGUAACUGUUCGAUCGAUGAAUUCAAACGUGCGGUGUUCCCGGUUGCCUACUUGCUCAUUUUCUUCAUGGGCCUGACUGCUAACUGUGCUUCCCUUUGGGUCUUUCUGAGAAUGUGCAGUAAAGGCAGAAGGUUUACCACGGUAAAUCUGUACAUGGUGAACCUGUUGGUGUCUGAUCUCAUGCUAGUGUGUACCCUGCCACUCAGGGCAGCAUACUACCUGCUGGACUCUCAUUGGCCCUUUGGGGACAUUGCCUGUCGUCUGGCCUCCUAUGUGUUCUACAUCAACAUGUACGGUUCGGUCUACUUUCUGCUGGCCUUGAGUGUCAUUCGUUACAUGGCUGUGUCUCACCCCUUCAAGUUCCUGAGUCUGGAUAGUGGACCCUGUGGGUGGGUGGGGUGUGUCCUCAUCUGGGUCUUUGUGUCGCUGGUCUCAGCCCCUUUACUGAGCUCAGGGAUCCAGGAGGGGGAGGGAGGGAAGAUGCAAUGCCUGGAACUCGGCAAAAUGGGGCUCGACACAAUGAUCAUCUUAAACAGUGCUGCCUUGUUGGUGGGCUUUGCCCUGCCGUUUGUUGUCAUUUCUGUCUGCUACAUGUGUGUGAUACGUAGCCUGUGCCGGCCUAGGGCUGGCAGGGAGGGCAACAGACCCUCCAGACGAAAGUCUUUCGCCCUCGUUGGUCUUGGGCUCCUAAUUUUUGUGGUCUGUUUUUUGCCAUACCAUGUGGUGAGAACUAUCUUCUUGGAGGCUGAAAAAAAUGCACAGAAAGACGGGUGUCAGGACUCCUGCAGUGGGAUCAAUGGUAUUCGGAAGGCUGCCGUGGUUACGCUGUGUCUAGCUGCAGGGAAUAGCUGCCUCGACCCUUUCCUUUUCUUUUUUGUGGGAGAAAACUUCAGAGAUAUCUGCAUGAGAAAAGGUCGGAGAACGGGAACUUUAGAAAUACAAGCUGAGGCUCAAGAAUUGCAAGUAAAAAAUUAACUGUGAAAUGAUGGUCUGACAAUAGCUUGAAAAAAAUUAUUUUUUAUUAUUAUUUUUGUCUAUUGUAUUUUGUGUCAAUUGUUUCCAGCCAGAUGUACAUGUUGCAUGGAAUUAACUGUGAAUUGAUGGUCUGACAAUAGCCUAAAAAAGUUUUUCAUUAAAAAAAUAUAUAUAUUAAAUGUGUUUUUAGGUUGGUAUUUUAAUGUUUUCCAGGUAAAAGAAAGACAGAUUUACAUGUGUUGCAUAGUACUAGGUAGUGCCAAUUGUUUAUAUUUUGUUUAUUGCUUGAUUGUCAUGUUAAUAUAUCUUGAAUCAAUAUGUGCUCUUUGUUUAUUACUGCCAUGUACGAGUAGUUAUACACUGUACUUCCAUAUGCUAGUUUAGUUUGAGUAAGACUACAAGGGUGUGCAAGUUUUUGUAGACCACCUUGAUGUCUAACUUGAACAGUAAGAGCAAAAAGACUCCGACGCAUGACAGGUCGGACGACCGUUGACGGGCGUUUAUUGUCCUCAAUAAAUGAUUAAAUAUUAGUAACAUCAGUAAGAUGAACGUGACAAGAUAAAACCUAUAGGCUAAUAUUCUCAAGUAACGGCAGCGGCCUCGACAACAGGGUCAAAGAUCAAUACUUGUUUUCGUCUUGGCGACGAUGUCCAACCUUUUAGAAUGUUGCUCUUCAGUAAAAAUAUGAUGUUGCAACCGAUCACAUUUUCGCUUACUUGACGCCCGACAGGCUAUGUAUGGAGCGAUACAGCCUUAAUAAGCCUUAUGUUUAAAUUAAAACCCGAACCAGUUUAAGUAGAAAUAAUUCGUUAAUCGUUCGAAACCUAUACAAAAUAUUUAAGGCAUUUUCAAAUGCUACACUACCUUUUCAGAACUAGUUUGCUCGUGUAACGUGCGACGUAGUGUUCUAAAUUGCUUUUUUUGUUUUUAUGUAAUAUACUUAACUUUCAUUGGCUCACUCGGGUUGCCGUUUAGAUGUUUUGACCAAUUACAGUCAUAAGAUGAGUCAGUCCUGAAAAAAAACGCAGACGUAACUAAAACUAGCCAAUAGAAUUACCCCAACGUCAAGCGUUGAGCAACAUUUUUCGUGACGCAGUAGUUUUCGUUCGAGUAGCAGCAGCCAUCUUCUUAGUAGAACUACGAACGGACGAAGCGUAGAUUACACAUGUAAUGGAAAAUAGAAACAUUUGGUCAAUGUCACUAAAUAAAUAGUCAAAUGUGUUCAUGGACUGCCUGGUAAUAAAUUGUUAUGUUAAAGAAAACGCCGGUUUAGUAUUUGACCGAACACACACCGCAAAGAUGGAUGACGACGCGGCGAGGGAAGAUGCCUGUGGAGAGUAUCAAUCCUCCCUCGAAGAUUUGACAUUCAACAGUAAACCUCACAUCAAUAUGCUGACCAUUCUGGCAGAGGAGAAUCUGCACUUCGCCAAGGAUAUCGUCGCAAUAAUUGAAGCACAAAUCAAUAAGGUUUUUAUGAAUAUAGAAUUUUCCUUUUCAGAUAACGAAGCUAGCUAACGUUAACAGUAGGCCUCGCUAGCAUUAGCUAACGCCACUAGCCAGAUGGUCAACAUGGCGGCAAUACUAGUCUGUAGUCGUUGCUGCUUUGUUAGCGUAGAAACGCAUUUGUCAGCAGCGUGGCAAUAAUUUCUUAUUAUGUAGACUAAUUACCUUUCGACUAUUAGUUCUCGUGAUGAUUGUGGCCAUUAUUAGUUAAUAUGUCGUGUAGUUUAGCCAUUUUAACAGUUGGCCAAUCGCUAUAGUUAUAAUUCAAAGAUGAAGUUAGGUAACUGUUCUCGGUUUGUCGUAUCCACCACUAGUAGACACUAGUUGAUGAAUUGACGUGCAAUUGGCUAACGAUCUCAAUCUGUGCGCGUGGCAACAUUCCAUUGUUACCAGUCAUGCACAUAUUGAAACGUAUUACCAAAAAAGUAGAUUCUACUGAUAAUUAACGUUAGCUAGCUACCUUAAACGUUCUGGGUCGACUAACGUCGUUAGUCCUUUCAGUUCGUUUCAAGUUCUGAACACGUGGGUUGGUAUUAACAUUUAGUUAGCCUGAGUGGAGUGUUAAUUGUAUGUACCCUAAACGUCGCCUAACAUUUGUAAUUCUAACGUAGACUAUUUAGUCCAGGGUACCUAGGCCUACAACAGCGUGACUGCGUUGUCUAUAUGAUCUAGUGAGGCCAGCCAAGGUUGCCAGUGAAGCGGCUAGUCAAUGCUCAAAUGCUAGCUUUUAAUUUUCGAGUUAUGCUAACUUAGUUUAAUGUUGAGGCACUGACCAGACGUACUCUGUACAUUUAUCCGUUCAGUAGACAUUGCAUUACGAGGAAAUCUGUUCAUUUGGAACAUUACUGGUCUCAAUUUAAAAUGAUCAGCCAGCUAACGUUACCCUAGUUUUGAUAUAACGUUAGUUUACUAGUGAAUUAUUUGAAUUUUGAAAUGUCAAAUGGAUGGUAAAAUGUGAUAAUAAAAAUUAUGAAAUGUG